UUUGAUAUAGAUCAAUCAAUUAAAAAGAAAAAAAGAAAAAAAGAAAAAAGGAAAAAAGAAGAAGAAGAAGAAACAUUCUUAUUUGUUUAGAAAUAAUAACAGAUCACACUUUGUGGCAAUUUUUGUUAACUUAAAAUGUUUCUUCGUUAGUGUAUUUUGUUUGCAUCAUCGUCAUCAUCAUCACCAAUAAUAAUCACUGAAACCCUUCCUUCUCUCUCUCUUUUGCUAUACCCAAUUGGCUUCCCCUUCGCUUUCUUUCUUUCCUUUUUGAAAGUUUGUUGCUUUGUGUUACGAAGAUGAGCGGUGGUGGGUUGAGGGCUUCAAUUCCAAGCGGUGUGAGGAAGAUGAUCCAGAACAUCAAGGAAAUCACGGGUAAUCACAGCGAGGAUGAGAUUUAUGCAAUGCUCAAGGAGUGUUCCAUGGAUCCCAACGAGACUGUACAUAGGCUUCUCUUUCAGGACACAUUUCAUGAGGUCAAAAGAAAAAGGGAGAAAAGAAAGGAGACUGUUAAGAACAGACAGUCUUUGGAGUCUCGUUCGAAGCCUGGCUCGCAAGGGCGGGGGGUUAGGGGUGGUCGGGGAAAAUUUUCACCUCAUCAUGUGUCGCAUGAUUUUGUUGGUGGCAAGAAUUCUGGUACAGGCAAAGAUAGUGGAACCAAUCAAGUAACUGAGAAGGGUGCACCGCCUUUGCCAGUUUCUCAAGAAACAAAGACUAAAGAAAAAAGUUCUGGAACAAGUUCUGUUCCAGUUAUUUCCAAUGUAGCAUCUGGAACUACUAGUAUGGACAGAAUUACUCCAUCUUCUGGUGGUAAUAAUAGUUUGGGUAGUGAUUUUCCACCUGAUAGCUUGGACAGAAGUGCAACAGUUGUUUUUGGCAGUGAGUCAGUGUCUUCUGCCAGUGACUGCUUAGGGUCUAGACCUGCAUCGUCAUCGGCUAUCUGUUUCUCUUCUUCAGACCCCGUACUGGUUCCAUCUAACAAUUCAUGUUUUCCUGGUACUGUUGGGGCAAUUAGACGUGAAGUAGGAAGUCAACGUCCUCCUGGGGAAUUAACUGCUUUUUCCAAUGUAAUUAAUGAUGAAUUUCUUCCCAAUAUUUGUAUGACAGCUUCUGUGACUAGUAGCUCUUCUUUGAAAGGAAAGAUUCAAGGAAAAUCCCAGGGAGUGGCAAAGAAUCAUCUUACUGAGGUGUCAUCUUCGUCAACAGUAGUAAUACAUGGUAGCUCUUCAGUAAAUAGGCCUUCUUCCAACUACAGUAGCCGGUCACAACAAUUAGUCGGCCUUCAGAAAGCUGGUUCAAAUAAGGAGUGGAAACCGAAGCCAACAAAUACAAUUAACCAGGGUUCUAGACCAGCUAGUGCAUCUGAGUCUUCUGCUGUUUCAGCUGAAGCAACUGGGCAGUUACAAUCAGUGUCUGGUGUCCUUGACUCUGAAGAAGCUACUUCAAAAUUGCAGAGGAAGCUGGAGGAUUUACAUCUUCCACCACGUCAACAUGUUAUACUUCCAAAUCAUAUCUCUGUACCUGAUUCUGAAAAGAACAAAUUUAGCUUUGGGAGUUUGGGAGUCACUUUUGGAGUUAAUACAAGUUAUGUUAAUGGCCCAGAGAGCGAAAAGAGUUCUACACCUCUUUCCGGAGUAUCUCAGGCUGUUGAAGAAACUGCAGAGGAGCAAGUGUCAAGCAGUCAAAAUGUUCCAGUUACUUCUGUGGUGGGCGAUUAUCCUGACCAUCCACAAUCACCCACUACUAUGCCUGAGAAUCUAUCAUCUGGUGACAUGGACGGGUCAUCCAAUGCUAUUCAGGAUUAUAAUGAGUCCAAGCAAGACACUACUUUUCCAUCUGAAGGUAAUCAGUACUCGGUGGUGCAUACUUCUCCAAACUACAGUUUUGGUUUCAUGCCCCCAAUGUUGGGAACACAGCCUGCACAAUUUGAUAAUUCCGAGUCUCAAGCACGUGAUAUUUCUCGGCUUCCUAGCUUUAUUGUCCAACAACCAUUUGAUCCAACUAAUUAUUAUGCCCAGUUUUACCGCUCUGGUGCUAACAGUGAUGGUCGUCUUUCUCCGUUUCCCUCUGCCGGGGUUACUACUAAGUACAAUGGCAAUGUUGCAGUGCAGCCUGCAUCAAAUUCUCAGUCUCUUCAAGAGGGAGCUGUCUUGUCCACAGCAGGUCCAACAGCGCUUGGGACUCAAGCUGCUGGGCUGAUGCAAAACUCAAUAGCUGUUACUCAGCAGCCUCUCCCUGUCUUUCGACCACAGAGUGGGGUUCAUAUAUCCCAUUACCCUCCUAACUACAUUCCUUAUGGUCACUAUUUUUCACCAUUUUAUGUCCCUCCUCAAGCAAUCCACCAGUUUCUGGGUAACGGUGCAUUUCCUCAACAACCUCAGGCCAGCACUGUGUAUCCACCUCCUCCGGCAGCAGCUGCGACUGGGAUGAAAUAUCCUCUUCCACAAUUCAAACCUGGUACAAAUGCAGCUAACUCAACACAUUUUGUAAUGCCAGGUGCCUAUGGCACAUAUGGUUCCUCCCCUGCUGGUGGUUAUAAUCCUAGUUCUGCAGCAACUGCAGGGAAUUCAACCUCUAAUGAGGAUCUUGGUUCCUCCCAGUUCAAGGAAAAUAAUGUAUACCUCAAUGGACAGCAGAGUGAAGGUUCGGCAGUGUGGGUGGCUGCGCCUGGCCGAGACAUUUCCAGUUUGCCCACCAGUUCAUUCUACAACCUUCCACCUCAGGGUCAGCACGUGACUUAUGCCCCGACGCAAGCCGGCCAUGGCACCUUUGCUGGCAUCUAUCCACUUAUGCAACAAUCCCAGACAAUGGCUGGAGCUGGAGCUGGAGCUGGAGCAGUUGAUAUGGUAGGGCCUGGAGGCAGUGUUUAUCAGCAGCCUCAACAUGCACAUAUCAAUUGGCAAAGUAACUAUUGAGAGGCUUUGACAUCUUCCUGACAGAUAAACAAGAUAAUUAAGUCCUAUCUGAGGCAAAAUUUUGGGAAACUCUUAAAAUAUAGUUGGAGAUCUCUGUGGGGAUGACAUGACAUUUGGCUGCACUUGAGUGUACAAAGCUGGAAAAUUUGCAAUGGGAUCUUCUGAUUUCUUGGGUUGAGGAUAUGAAAGGUACUGUCCUCCUGUAACUGAUAUUGAUCAUUAUAGUUAGACUUGAGUUAGAAACAUAUGCAGGCCUUCCCCUCUUUUAGGAUGGUCCUUGAACUCUAUUAAAGAGUAUUGUUGGGUAGUCAGAACUUGUUUUUUUCUUUUUUAGUCUGAGUUCAUAGGGUUUGAAAGGUAUUGGUUGGUGGGGAAAAUGUUGCCUUUUAUUGUCUUACCUGUAAAGUGAAUUUUGACAGCCAGAAAAUCAUUUACUAAAGCUGUUGUAUUGCUAUGGCC